CUUCCGGCAGCUGCCCCUUCGCCGGUGUCGCUGCCUCCAGCAGCAGACCCCGGCCCCCGCCGCCUCAACGCUGCCUGGCCGCCACCCCGCCGGCCGCCGCCCCCAGCCGCCCGUACGCCGCCCCCAGCCGCCCGUAUGCCGCCCCCAGCCGCCUGUACGCCGUCCCCCGCCGCCCGGCCGCCCUCACGGCGCCUCCCCCUGCGGCACUCUCCAGCUGGCCCUCGCCACUGGCCAGCAGUCUCUCCCAGUCGCGGACGCUCCUCCACGUAACUUCUGCCGGCCCCUCCAGUUUCCUGCUGUUACCUGGAGCCCUCCCACUGGCCUCGUCCCGCCUCCAUCUACAGCUCUUCAUUGGGGAUUACCUACGGUCCAUCGCCCAGGAUUAACACUCUCAUCCGUGGAUUACUUAUAGUGCAGUGCCAAGGAUAACGUACAGUUCGUUCAGUGGUGAGUGAAGUGACAUUGCCCCAAUUCGGCAUCUCUCACCGCUGUGGCACCCGGUCACACCGGCGCCUCACGCCUUCACUCCUCACCGCUGUGGCUCCCGGACUUUCCGGCGCCUGUAGUGUACUUUACACAGUCACGUGGUGGUCCACUCAGCACAAUGCCUGAUGACAUCGACUCUGUAGCCUUCAGUGCUCCUCCGUUCAUCAGCCAGGACCCUUCCACGUGGUUCUCCAUCCUGGAAUGUAACUUCAAGGCUUCCAAGAUAACAGUAAGUCUAACCAAGUUCGUGAAGGCCUCUACAGUACUACCAGCUGACGUUCUUUCACAAGUUGCUGAUGUCGUCAGUGCUGCCAGCACUUCUGCUUCGCCCUAUGAAGACCUCAAAGCUGCUGUUCUGCAACGCCUACAAUCUACAGUGUCGAGGCGCCUCCAGGAGCUUCUGUCAAAAGAAGAACUUGGUGGUGAAAAGCCCACAGACCUUCUUCGCCGCAUGAAGAAGCUGCUUGGCGACAAGUACACCUCCUUCGACAAGGAACUCUUCUUACAGCUGUUCUACCAACGCCUGCCUCCUGACACUCAACGCUGCCUCUUCACUGUCAAGAACAAGCUCUCAGUAGACGAGCUUGCCACUCUCGCCGAUGAAUUCAUGGCUACCCUUCCACAAGGUCAACCAGCUGCAGUAGCCUCCAUCUCAGCAGAAGACGGUACCAAGCAACUUGUUGAGCUCGUCUCACAGCUUAGACUUGAAGUGAGAGAUCUUCGGAGAGAGCUCAGAGAACGCUCAUGCUCAUGUUCGCGUUCUUCCUCCAGACACCACUUCCGGCGCCGCCAGCGUUCAAAGAGUAAGACGCCGGAGACUUCUAGUUUCUGCUACUACCAUGAAGAGUUCGGGAAAGACGCAAGAAAUUGUAAGGCUCCCUGUACCUUCGCCAAGUCUUUAAACCCCAACAGCGAGCACUAG